AUGUCUGCAAUUUUAGAACAGCGCAAGCUGAUUUCUCAGCUUAUGUCUUCGGCUGCCACAUCGCAUGGGCUAACUUCACCAUCAACGUGCAAAUCAUUUAUCAUUGGUCAUUGCCCCUAUGACCUUUUCCAAGAGACCAAGCAGCCCAUGGGGCAUUGUCCACGUAUACAUUCAGUCUCGCAUAAAAUGCAAUAUGAAAGAGAUGUAAAGAAGGGCAAGAAAUAUCCUGAGUUUGACCUUGAGCAUUACUCCAUCUUGAAGAAGAUUCUUAGUGAUUGUGAUGUUCAAAUUGAAAUGGCACAUAAAAAGUUACAGCAUCAUGAGGAACAUUCGAAAUUAGCAGCACUUCUACAAGCAGUGAAUCAGCUUGAAUCCAAAUGUGCUUUAAUGCUUUCAGAAAUCGAUAUGCUUAUACAAAACGAAGAAGUUAUGAAGGCGAUGAUUCAAAGCUGUAAAUAUAACAAACUGCAAACAGAAAGGGACACACUCAGCGAAAAAUGCAGGCAAAUGAACGAAAACACAGGCCAAAGUGCACAACAGAAGCUACAGGUAUGCCGUGUAUGUGGAGCCUACCUUUCAAGAUUAGACACGGAUAGAAGACUCGCUGACCAUUUCAUGGGCAAACUCCAUCUAGGAUACGUAACUAUGCGUAAAGAACUUGACAUGGUAAAAAAGAGAUUGCACGAACAAGGGACAGAUCUUCACACAUAUCUCCCGCAAACAAGGAGACAUCAAAAAGCAGUAUAUAGAGGUAAAUCUUAUCGAUCGUGA